AUGGUAAAUUCCUUAAGAGAAUGUGCUGAAAACACUGAUCGGUCUGAGUUUAUUAAAGAAUUUCAUCUCGAAGAUAUGUGUACUUCAGAGCUAGUUAAUUCUGCAAGGGAAUAUGAAGAAAUUCUUAGUAAAUUAAAAACCAAGUGCUUAGAAUCAAAAUACUGCAUAUAUGAUAAUGGCAAUUAUUUUAUAAAUGCUUCACAUUUUAUAAAAGACUCUGGGUUACUCGAAGAUGGCAUCUUCAAGAAUGUGGAAUUGAUUAAAGUUAUGUCAUGUGACCAAGUAGAACCUAUUUUGCUGGCUGUCACAUCUCUAGAAUUAGCUGUUCAAGAAGAAUCAAAUUCUGACAUAAUAACAACAGUUAAUGUAGUACCUCAUAACAAGUUAUUUUAUGCCACAAAAAUGUCCUUGCUAUGGCAAAUUCUCAGCAAUAAAUCAAAUGCUGCUGCAAUUAAACAUCAGGUUAGCGUCGCUAUUGAAAGGGUGAUUACUGUUGGUGAUAUAAAUUUAACCCUAGCUUCAGAUCUUAUUAGAUUACGCAAAGCGCAAAUGAAGCGAGCAUCGAUCUUAAAAUACGGAUCCACUGUACAUGACCCAUCUUGGCAGGGUAUUAUAGCUGAAGUUGCUUCUACGACGAUAAAAUUUGAAAUGCUAGGAACAUCUGGGAACGAACCAAAUACCUACCUUGGAUUUUCUGAGAUAUGCCAGUUCAUGACUAUGUUAUGCCGCACAUUUAGCUCGUACUAUCGUAGUAUCAGAAUACUAACAGCACCUCUCGUCAGUAGAAAUAAUUGUAACUUACGCAAGAUUCCUAUUCAUAUCUGA